AUGCAGAGUCUUAUCCGCAGCCUCCUCCUCAUCGGAGACUCCGGUGUUGGAAAGUCUUGCUUGCUGCUCCGUUUCGCCGACGACACCUACACCGAAAGCUACAUCUCGACUAUUGGUGUCGACUUCUGGGACACUGCUGGCCAGGAACGCUUCCGUACCAUCACCUCCUCUUACUAUCGUGGUGCCCACGGUAUUUGUGUCGUUUAUGAUGUGACCGACAUGGACUCCUUCAACAACGUUAAGCAGUGGCUUCAGGAGAUUGACCGAUAUGCUACCGAGGGUGUCAACAAGCUCCUUGUUGGCAACAAGAGCGAUAUGGAGGACAAGAAGGUCGUGGAGUACACCGUCGCGAAGGAGUUUGCCGACAGCCUUGGAAUUCCCUUCCUCGAGACCUCCGCCAAGAACGCAUCCAACGUCGAGCAGGCAUUCUUGACGAUGGCCCGACAGAUCAAGGAGCGCAUGGGAACGGCCACUGUCAACAACAAGCCCACCGUGCAGGUUGGUCAGGGCCAGGGCGUCCAGUCUGGAUCCGCAGGCGGCUGCUGCUAG